AACAUUAAAAAUCAGGAACGUGACGGGUAAUGGUGAGCCAUGUUGGGUACAAGGACAACCAGGAGCAUUUGACUGCCAAGGAUCAUGCAUUUGCCGGUGCUGUUAGCGGGUUUCUUACUCGGGGCUUUCUACAGCCUUUGGAUGUUCUUAAAAUUCGAUUUCAGUUACAAGUGGAGUCGACAUUACGACGUGGUGGUGGUCUUUACCAUGGAGUCAUACAGAGUGCUGUCGUAAUAGUGCGCAGUGAGGGCCUAACUGCUCUCUGGAAGGGACAUGUACCUGCCCAAGCCCUGAGUAUCUGCUUUGGAGUAGCACAGUUCUGGAGCUAUGCAGUUCUGACCAAAACAGCUAAUGAACAUGGCAUUGGCGAGAGAUACUCAAUUCAUGGGGUGUGUGGAGCAUUGGCGGGAACAUGUGGCACACUUGCAUCUUUUCCAUGUGACAUUGUACGGACGAGACUCAUCGCACAGGGAACUCCCAAGCGCUACAAUGGGAUGGUGGAUGCCUGGAGAAAGCUGUUACAUCAAGAAGGAAUACUGAGUCUUUGGCGAGGCUUGGUGCCCACCUUGGCCAUGACUGCUCCAUACACUGGUCUUACCUUUUAUUUCUACAAUGCUUUCUUCAUUUUAGCUUCCAAGAGCUUUGGAGAUGGUGGUGAGGUGCCAUGGUUAAGCUCAAGUGCAGUUAGUGGGGUAGCAUCUGGAGUGUGUGCCAAGGUGUGCAUCUACCCUCUGGAUGUGCUCAAGAAGAGGAUACAAAUUCGGGGCUUUGAGGAAGCCCGCAGGCAGUUUGGCAAGGUGGUUGUGUACCCGAAUGCUUGGAAAUGUAUCGUGCAAAUGUGGAAGGAAGAGGGUAUCUUAGGCUGUUAUAAGGGGUUGUGGCCAUCCAUGUUGAAAAGUGGAUGUGCUUCAGGAAGUAUAUUUAUAACAUAUGAAGCUACUUGCCAUUUUCUUGCUCAUAUUCAUAGUAGUAGAGAGAACAAUGAUAUAAGAUAGUAUAAAAUUAAAUAUUGUAGUUUAUGCCUUUCCCAGCUACUACCUAAUGUGCAAGUGAUAAUGCAUUAAAUUAUAUGCCUGCAAACAAUUCGUUUUGGUAUGGAAAUGCUCUGGUUUCUGUGCUGUAAAAAAUAACCUUGAUAUCAAGUUUGGAGUUUCCUUAUAAUUGUAUAAAACAGGUUUGAAUAAGCUUUCUUUGCAGAUGUCAUGUGAUGUUCACUGGACUGUAUGGUACACUGAAUGAGAAUAACUAUCCCAGUCUACACAAAAGUGAGGGAAUGCAAAAUUAAUGCAUUGUUUGGGGGAUACUAAAGAAAUGUUGUAAAUAUUGUAAAUAGAGGGUAAUUCAUCAAAAAAAAA